UUGAUAAUGACUGUCCAUCUGCUCCUGAUUUUUCUCUUUCCCCUUGCUACAUGUCUUCAAAUGUCUGAGAGUGGAAUAUUUUCAAUAUACGAUGAAGACAGCAAGCUCUGUGCCCAAGUUCAGAACACAGUCUCAAUUAUAACUACCACAUGUGAGCAGCACAAUGAGUUCCAGAAGUUCAGGUGGAUCUCGGCCACUCAGCUGCUGAAUGUGGGGCUGAAGCUGUGCCUGGGGGUGCUCUCCAUGGACAAUGAUGCUAUAAUCACUUUGAAAGCCUGUAACAAGUCAGAUGAACUUCAGAGGUGGGAAUGCAGAAACGACACACUCGCAACCCAAGGCAAUGAUUUAUUUUUCAACUAUAGCAAAGGAAAAGGAAAGAAAAUCAGGCUGGAGAAGGGAUCAAGCGACGGGAGCAAGUGGAAAGUCUAUGGAACAACAGAGAGUGUGUGCUCUCAGCACUAUGAGGAUAUGUUUACUCUGGGAGGAAAUUCCUUUGGCGCACCUUGUGUAUUCCCGUUCAAGGCCAAUGGUAAAUGGCAUGCUCAGUGCAUACCUCAGAGUAAUGAUGAAGAGACUCUCUGGUGUGCAACAUCUUCAGAUUUUGAUAGAGACCAACGUUUUGGAAAUUGUCCAUUAAAAGAUACCACGCACAAUGAUGUUUGGAAAAAAAGUCCUUUGACAGAAACCUACUAUCAGAUAAAUUCAGAGUCACUUUUGACGUGGCACCAAGCAAGGAAAAGCUGCCAGCAGCAGCAAGGAGAAUUACUAAGUGUCACAGACCUUCAUGAAGAAAUGUUUUUAUUAGGACUCACUAGUGACCUGGGUGUUAAUGCUAAGCUCUGGACUGGUCUUUUUAGUACGCUUGACAGUGGCUGGCAAUGGACAGGGGGUAAUCCUUUCAGAUAUCUGAAUUGGGCUCCAGGAAAUCCCUCUGCAGAAUCUGGAAAAAUAUGUGGGACCUUCCAAGGUAGGAAUGGCAAAUGGGAAAACCAUGAGUGUAACCAUAAACUGGGAUAUAUCUGCCAAAAGAGAAACUCCUCUUCAGAUUCCUCCACUAUUGCCUCAAGUGRCAUAAAGCCUAUUAAAUGCCCCAGAGAAUGGGUGGCCUAUGCAGGUCAUUGCUAUAUAAUUUACAGAACACCAAAAAUAUGGAAAGCAGCACAAUCUUCCUGUAGAAAAGAAGGUGGAGAGCUGGCGAGUAUUCAUAAUAUCGAGGAGUACAGUUUUACAGUGUCUCAGCUUGGGUACAAGGCUGACGAUGAACUGUGGAUUGGUCUAAAUGAUUUCAGGGUUAAAAUGUAUUUUGAAUGGAGUGAUGGGUCACCAGUGACCUACACCAAGUGGCAUCAAGGGGAGCCAACUCACACACGUGAUGAGGCAGACUGCAUCAUUAUGAGGGGAGAGGAUGGCUUCUGGGCUGACAGUGUAUGUGAAAAGAAACUUGGUUACAUCUGUAAAAGGAAGCCUUUGGCAGAAGAAUCAGAAGAAGCUGAGAUUACUUACCCAGGCUGCCAGAAAGGCUGGAUCAAGCAUGGUUUUUACUGUUAUUCCAUGGGACAGGUACCAGCAACAUUUUCAGAAGCAAAACAAACCUGUGAAGCAAACAGAGGUUAUCUGGCUACUGUACAGGACAGGUAUGAACAAGCAUUUUUGACUUCCGUAAUUGGAUUCAAUCCAGCAAAGUAUUUCUGGAUUGCUCUCUCAGACGUGGUAGAGCAAGGGACCUUCCAGUGGGACAAUGGUGAAGCUGUUACAUUCACUAACUGGAACUCAGGAAUGCCAGGAAGGGAGUCAGGCUGCGUGGCCAUGACAACAGGAGUUUCAGCUGGAUUAUGGAAUAUUUUGAACUGUGAAAUGAAAAACAUGUUUCUCUGCAAGCAACUGGUUGAGGGAAUGACCCCCGCUCCUCCUCCAACGACGACUCCUCUCCCGUCAUGCCCAGAGGAGUGGCACUCCCUUCCUCAGAGCAGCUCAUGCUUCAAACUUUUCCAGAGGGAAAGGGAGAAAAUGGAAACAUGGUUUGGUGCAAGAGAUUUUUGCAGAGCCAUUGGAGGAGAUCUGGCCAGUAUYCAUAGUGAAGAAGAACAAAAUUUAAUAUCUAACUUAGAAAGAAAAUAUCUUUACUCAUCUUACUGGAUGGGUUUAAAUGCCCUGGAUUCUGAACGAGGAUUCAUAUGGAGUGAUGGUUCACCGGUAAAUUUUGAAAAAUGGUCAAAUGGAGAACCAAACAAUUAUGAUGGAAAUGAAAAAUGUGGAGUGUUUAAUGGCUACAAUAGUAUGAAGUGGAAUGAUUUAUUUUGUGAACAUAUGAAUGCCUAUGUUUGUCAAAUAAAAAAAGGAGUGACAUUGAAACCUGAACCUGCUUUCACAUUCAAUGAUGAAUAUGAUGUUAGUGAAGAUGAUUGGAUAAUAUAUCAUCACAAGGAAUACUACUUCAGUAAGGAAGCAAUGCCUAUGGAAAAAGCAAGGGAUUUUUGCAAGAAGAAUGGUGGUGAUCUUGCUGUCAUUGAGGGCGAAAGUGAAAGAACCUUUCUCUGGAAAUACUGUUUCUAUAAAAACUUGGGCAAUAACUUUUAUAUUGGCUUAAGCGUGAGCCUUGAUAGAACAUUCAGAUGGAUGGAUGGAAGCCCUGUGAACUAUGUUGCUUGGGCACCAAAUGAACCCAAUUUUGCAAAUGAUGAUGAGAACUGUGUGGUCAUGUAUUCCCAAACAGGUACGUGGAAUGAUCUCAACUGUGGCAGUGUUGAGAUGUUCAUCUGCGAAAGGCACAAUGCCACUGUUCGCCCACCCGUUGUUCCCACUUCACCACCACCACAGGGGGGUUGUCCAGAAAACUGGGUCCUGUUUAAUAACAAGUGUUUCAGAAUAUUUGGCCUUGAUGAAAAUGAUACGCUGACGUGGCAUGCCGCCCGGAACAAUUGUAUGCACUUCCAAGGAAACCUGGCUACAAUAUCAAAAAAGGAAACACAAGCUUUCCUCAUGUCCCUCUUAAAAGAUGCUGCAACUGAUGCUUGGAUUGGACUGAAUGACAUAAACCAGGAGCACACAUACUUAUGGACUGAUGGAAGCCCAGUUUACUACACAAAUUGGGCAAAAGGCUCCCGAAGUUAUUUUAGUAAGGAUGACUGUGUCUUUAUGAUUAAGAACCCUAUAGAACAGGCAGGAAAAUGGAAAGAUGAAGACUGUAAAUCAAGCAAAAGCUAUAUAUGCCAGAAAACAACUGACCCUAGAUUGCACAGUUCCCAACCCACGGUUCCAGUCUUUGGCUUUAAUAAUUAUGGUGAUGACCGCUACGAGAUCAUCAAUUACAAAAUGAGCUGGGAGGCAGCACAAAAGUACUGCAGAGACCAAUAUGCAGAACUUGCCAGCAUUUUGGAUCCUUAUGUUGAUUCUUACCUGUGGUUACAAAUGUUACACCGUGGGGAGCCUGUAUGGAUUGGUCUUAACAGCAACACGAGUCACGGCCAUUACAUAUGGUCAGAUAGAAGAAGAAGCAGGUAUCAYAACUGGGCAAGUGGAGAACCAAAUAAAAACACAGCCUGUGUCUACUUAGACCUGGAUGGUUUCUGGAAGACAUCAUCUUGCAAUGAAACGUUUUUCUCUCUCUGUAAACAGUCUGAUGGGAUAGUCCCUACUGAACCACCACAACUUCCUGGGAAAUGUCCUGAACCAAAGCGUGGUAGGUCUUGGCUUCCUUUCCGUGGUCAUUGCUACUAUGUUCACACCACUUCUGAAGAAAGCUGGCCUGAUGCUUCCAUGGCAUGUAUUCAGAUGGGUGCCUCUCUGGUUUCCAUAGAAGAUGCAGAAGAAAUGAACUUCCUCUUACUUUACUUGUCUUCGAUUGCAAGUGACUUCAGAAAGUUUUGGAUAGGAUUGUUCAAAAAUAUUGAUGGGGAAUGGACAUGGACUGACAGCAGUGCAGUAGACUUUGUCAACUGGGAGAAAGGAGAACCUACAGCACAUUUUAAUGAACACUGUGUUGACAUGGAUGUUGCAAAUGGAGCCUGGAGGAGCUAUUACUGCUCUGUUGAUCAGAAUUUUGUUUGCAAAAUUCCCAAGAUUCCUACCAUCGAACCAACUCAUCAUUCAUCGAUCCAUAGAGCAUCAAAAAAUGAAGCUACUUCAGCAUCUGUACAUGGAUUUGGGGGGAUGAUUUUUGUAUUGAUUUUUCUUAUUCUAGCAGGAACUGGCCUCAUAGUCUUUAUUUUCUAUAAAAAAAGACAUGUGCAGCAAACAAUCACAGCCAGUUUUGAAAACGCCAUAUACUGUGGUACAGCUGAUCCUGGAACUCAUGACUCAAACUGUCUUGUGACCAACAUGGAAGAAAAUGAACAGGUAGUGGUUUAAUGAGCAAAGUGAUUUAUUUUGGAAGAAAUGAAAGCCUUGGAAUACAAGAAUUCUUAGAGGASAGUGGUUUUCUUCAAUGGAAAUUCUAGUCUGUUUUGCACAGGGUGCUUUUUGUUCUAUCUACUAGCAGGACUUGCAAGCUCUGAAUCUGCUCAGAAACUAGUACCUGGAGAGACUGUUGAGUGUAUUCUGAAACCUGGAGCUGCACUGCAUUAGAGAACACUCUGACAAUUUCCAUCUCCACAUGGUACCAGCAUCACCUCUUGGCCAUAAGGAGAAUGUGCCCAUUAAGUUAACUGUGAGRAGAAGCUCCUAAGUUUGCUUCAAAAAACACAUCCCUGUGUAUAUGAAUCCUGAAAAUGUUAUGCCCUGAAUUCUUGGACAAACCGUUAGAGUUGCCCGGGUUGGAUCUUCUGGAGCUCACCUGGCCCAGUCCCUGACUCAAAGCAGGAGCAGGUUGAUCAAGGCCUCAGCAAGUUAACCUACAUGGGCAACCACUCCCAGUUCUUAGCCCUAUUUUUGUUAUUUUUUUUCUCUUUAUAUCCCAUUGGCUCUGUCUUCUCUGUAAUUCUCCUUUAUCUAGCUGAAGAUAAUGGUUAGAUCUCCUAUUAGUCAAUAAUUCUCCCAAUUUUCU